GGGAGAGGGAGAGAGAGAGGGAGAGAAAGAAAAACUAUAGAUUACAACUGUAAGCAAUUUUAUAAAUGAACUUCUUAAAAAGAAUUAAACUAAUAUUUUAACUUUGUUAAAUAAACUCUGUUGAAAGGAAAGCCAUUAAAUAGAUCAAUUUAUUAUGGAAACGUAUUUAAGAGAAAGGGAAUACGAAAAGUAGCCAACUUCUUGCUUAGAAGAGGAGGAGAACUAAAAACGAACAAGAAGGAAUAUAGAAUGAAAGUCUAUUCAAGUUUACUUUAUGUUUUGGUCACGAUACUACCGCCUAUUCCAUGUUCAAUUUGCCCGCCCUGCGGUCCAAACGGAUACUGCAGUAUUGUUAUAAAGAAAUGCGUCUGCUACAACGGUUUCGAUGAGCCAUUUUGCCAAAAAAGUAAAAUACUGGAAUUUGUCAAAGACGGGAUUUUUGGUGGGGAAAACCCUAUUAAAGGUUCGGACGAACUUGGUUCGUGUUUAGAAGACUUUACUCAAGAUAGUUCCUAUAUAUAUAUGCUAUACGAUAAAAGUAGUAAUUCUCCUUCUCCUUGUACAUUUUAUAAAAAGAUAAGCCUGUGGAACUUUGACACAAACGUUACGUAUAAUUCUUACUACAAGCACGGGUUGAAAACGAGAAUUUCUUGUCCGAAGAAUUCUCCCAACUUGAAUAGAUUUUGCCUUUUGGAAUAUUGGAUUACCGAAUGCGAUAGAGAUGGCCUUCUUAAUCCGUUAGCAGAUGCUUUCGCUAUUGUUACCGAAGCGACAAUAUUCACUUACAUCUCUCUUCAUAAGUUUAUGAAAAAUCUAACGAGCUCGGAAAACAUGGCAUAUCAUUCGGCGGAGAAUUUAUAUUGUUACGGAAAAGGUUCAAAAGGUCAUAAGAAUUUGGCAUUGAACUACAAAGUUAUUAAAAGCGAAAUGAAUAUAACCGAUAGAGAGAUUCAAGCUAGAAAUUUAGUAGACGGAUGUACAACCAGUAAAUUAAGUAGUAGUUGUUGUACCAUUUUAAAAGGUCCUAUAAACAAAUGGAUAGACAUUAUUCUAUUAAAAGUUGAUUAUCAAAUAGGAUAUUUUCGAUUAAGGUACAACACAGUUCAUAGAACUACUACGUCGGCUGGUUUGGCUAUUCUUUCGUCGGCUGACCAGUCGGUUUGGACAGUGUUGUACGAAUACGAUAGCGAUAAGAUUAUCGAUAUCGAUUUGAAUAUAACUAAACGCAUGCCGUUCAAUCAUAAUUCAAUACGAUUGAGAAUGAAUGAAAAGUCGAAUCAAGAUUUUUCCUUUAUCUUUAUAUGCGAAUUGGAAAUAUUCUCUGAGAAUAUAGCCCUAAACAUGCCCGUCUAUCAUUCGCACGCCUAUAAGACUUUCGGAGCGAACGACGGUGAUUAUACAACGUACGACGAAAUUGUUGAAAUAACAACGGCAACCGGCCAAUUGGUUCGACCUAAAAUAUGCGUAAAUCUCGAGAGAGUCUACCAUAUUUUUACAGUUACGGCUUAUAUUUUUAAUGAAAACGAUUCGAUGGAAAUUUUAACGUCGAUAGGCCAUCCAUUCGAUAAGAAUUUAACGUAUUACAAUCACGGUUCAACGAAAUCUGGAAAGAGGCACUACUGCAAUAAAGAAUUGGCUCAAUUCGUUUGUUUAACGUCUAAUGCGUCUAUUUUAAGAGUAGUCGAAAUAGACGUUAAAGGUUUGAUAAGUAAAGAAGUUGAAGGUCUAGAGAAUUUAGCGAAAAACAAACCUUCCUAUACGAUUUUUAAUCGUACUCUAUAUCCUACUCUCGGUGGAUGGGCUUUCGAUGGAGAAUACUCUUCCAAAUUUACAUCUAUUCCCCAACAACAUCAAUUCCUACCGUACAGAAUUGUUAUAGAUUUAACAAAAGAAUACAAUUUAAAGUCAACCGCAAUAAUCCUAUUCAGAAAUCAAUAUACGUCAUCUCUAUUCGAAAUGAGCAUUUACUCGUCGUUAAAAUCGCUAUCGAAUAUCAACAAUGACCUUGAACAGAAAGAGUUAUGUACAGUUUUAUUUGAAAACUAUACGAGCCUUAUCGAAUUUCAAUCUUCAAUUAUUUUCAAACAUUUCGUUACUUGCAGCGGAAUAAAUGUAAUUAUUAUAUCAGAUUUUUCACUUUUAUCCUAUAUAGAAAUUGAAUUAUACGGAAUUGAAAAACCUCAUCAGAGUCUCGUUCAAAUUCCUAUAAAAGAGUCGAAAGACUCUACAGAAGUUGGACAACCUUUUCUUCUUCGAGACGGAAUCUAUUUAAAUAACUUUGAUAUUUCCAGUAGACUGAACUGUUUAACAUUUCGCAAUCAUUGGUGGUCUGGAAAAAUUGGUUGGUCAGUUGUUGAUUCUGUAUUAAUAGCCUUAGGAACCAAAUUGCUACCAAUAGAUGGCCUCGGUGUAUUUCUACUGGAUUACGAGCCCGACAAGAUUUGGUUGGAUAACAACACCAAAACAAUUUGUUACCAUAGUUUCCGUAUUAACAAUUCAACGAUGUUGGCGAAAUAUAAAUGCUUGAAAAAUUCUAUUGGAAAUCAUAUUCUAAUAAAAGCCGAAAGCUUCAACGAUAUUGAAAUAUGCGAAUUUUCAGUCUAUAAGAGAAAUGAAGCAGGUAAUUCGCAACUAUUACUCUUAAAUAGGCCAGAUACAGUUGUCUAUGAAGAUUUAAAUAAAACUCUGUUAGAUUACAUUCAUUACGAUUUUACCUAUAAAUCUUAUUGGAGAUUGGUAAAAGUUUUAAAGGUAAAAUUUACUUUAGAGUCCAAUCUAUCCUAUAUAGAAAUUAUGGUCGGAAGAAGAGAAGGUUUUCUCGAAAUAUGUAAUGAAUACAAUUCCAAGGUUAUCCUAGAAUCGGAGCAUCAUCAGGGAUAUAUUUUACAAAAAUCUUGGACAUUAAUAUUCUAUUGCGAUUCGUUUGCCGCCAAUUUUUUAUCGUUGAAAAGCCUAGGCGCAAUGGCUGUAUCUCAACUAGAGAUAACUGGAUUAGAAAGAUACAUUAAAGUAUUGAAAUUGAAGAUGGGCUUCAAUCAUAGCGUGAAUAAUUUAUACAGAGCUACUUUACCAGCCUGCAUUUCAAAGUGUUUUGAAUCAGUUAAUUGCCAUUUAAUUUCAGUCAAGUUCAACCGUCGUAGUCUUACAACUGUACAAUGUACUUUUUUAACGAAACAAGAAGAGAACUUUUUAAAAUACGACGAGAAUUCUAUCACUUUUUCAAUUGUUGGCAAAGAAAAUUUACCCCAAUUUAACAAAUGUCAAUGAUAAUUAAACAAUAUAAGCC